AUGAAGAAAAAUGAAAGGGCAAAUUUAUCGGCCUCUUAUAAUGAUCUAAUUGCGAACAUCACCAAUCCCCGAACUACUAUUAUUGGGACAUAUCGCAUUGAGAGUGUUGUUGGUGAAGGGAGUUUUGGAAAAGUGUACCUUGCAGUUCAUCUCCUUACAAACACAAAGGUAGUUUUAAAAUCAUCUUGUCGUAAACAGGCUGUUAUUCUAGCUCGAGAAAUUCAUCAUCACCGUCGGUUAUUGCAUCCCAACAUCACUCGCCUUUAUGAAGUGAUAUGUGCGGAAGAUCGAAUCUACCUAGCAAUGGAGUAUUGCCCGAAUGGUGAAUUGUAUGAUUAUGUCUCUCGCCAAGUGGUGUUGACUGAAAAGAUGACUUGUAAGCUGCUUUGGCAACUGUGUUGCGCUAUAAAAUAUCUACACAGCCAGGGCUGCGUUCAUCGCGACUUAAAACUUGAAAACAUUUUCCUAGACAAAAAUUUUGAUAUUAAAAUUGGUGAUUUUGGAUUUUCAAGGGACACAGACUGUUCACGCCGAACGUUUAUGAGUACACGAUGCGGUACUGUCGCCUACAGUGCUCCAGAGAUUGUGCUCGGUCAGAAAUAUAUAGGUGAAUGCGCAGAUAUCUGGUCUCUCGGCGUUAUCAUGUAUGCAAUGAUGGUCGGUCGUUUGCCAUUCGAUGAAGAUGACACCAGCCUAACCGAGCAUAAAAUAAUUAAUGAACAGCCCUUUAUACCAGAAACAAUUUCCCCUAAUGCAAGAGACCUACUCAUUCGCUUAUUAUGCAAAGAUUACCGUUUCCGACCUUCCAUCGAUCAGAUCAUCUCCCAUCCUUUUUUUCGGGAUAAUAAUUGUCAUGUCUCAUCAAUAAAGGAUGUUAAAAUAUCUACUAAAGCAGAAGAUAAAGUUCGUAGAAGGUUGGAAUUAGUUGGCGUCGAUAUCGAUCAACUGAACUUGAGUAUUUCUGAAAAACGUUGUGAUCUUUUAUAUGGGUGGUGGCUAUUACUACUUGAAAAGGAAACCAAAAAGGAGAAUAAGAAGAUUCAUUUAUUUUAUUUGCAGCAUUCCAAAGGAAACUCGCCUUCCUUUCAUAUCCAACCAUCUUCCCCAUCAUUAAAAACCGCCGAGGUAUCUGUAACCUCUAAUCAAAGCAAUGAUAGUAAUCCUUCUCGGUCGCACCUAGGACAUGGCACUGGGAAUUUACUUUCUACAUUUAAAAGUUGGUUGCUUGAUUCAAAAUCUAAACAUCCCUCUCGAACGACUUCCCCAAGUUUUGAUACUGCUUCAACAUCUUCAAAACGGUCAAAGGGAAGUAAAAUUUUCAGAAACAAAAAUUCCUUCGAUAGUAAUUCUAGCAGAAAUGGGAGCUAUCAUAAGCUGUUUUUAAACUCAGUGUCUUCGACGGAGGCAAUAGCGGUUCCUCGAGAUGAUACAACUGUUCAGCAGUCUGGUCAUUUUAAAGACACUCAAUAUGGAAGAUCCAAGUUGGACGAUAAAAAGCAUAGCAUUUCUGUUUCUCCCACGUUUAAAAAGAACUCUAUUGAUAACUCUCUGUCACCCGCUUUGGUAUCCGAAGACUCUUCUAUACCUAUGACUCUUACAAAUAAUGUACAUAGUAACCGUCUCCCCAGUUAUCGCGCAUGCAACUCAUCCCAACUAUCUUCCGUAAAUUCUUCUAAAUCCUCUCUGACGCGAUCAUGUUCAAAUAUAUCUUCAACGUCUUCGGCUUCGUUAGUAUCCAUAGUUUCUUCUCGUCCGUCAACAGGUUCUGGCUCCCGGCCUACACCGCAUCAUCAACCUAUAGAUCGUUUACAUAAAAGCUUUCAAUUUUCCGGGGGGGAUUCUAGUAACACACGGGUUAAUGCUACUGCCAUCUUUACGGUUGGAGCGGCUCGACGUAUAGCUCCAACCUCAUCGUCGUUAAUGUAUAAUAACCAAAAUUUUGUGCAGGAGGAAGAUGAGCCUGAGGAAAGUUUUACAUCCGAUUCUUCAAGGCAUUUUUCCGACGUUUAUUAGAAUAAAUGUAAUGACUUAUUUAUUAGGAAUUGUUACUGUUAAUUUUCGUGUUAUAUCAAUUUUGUAUUAAUCCAAGAAAUGUAUCUAUUUGUAACUAAA